UAAAAUCAAUGUCUGUCGACGUUUUACGACUGAAUAUCUGUCACAGCAACACCGACAUCAUCGUGAGUGACGUAUGAACGGCAGAAGAAACGAAAACGAAAAAGCCUUUCUGUGCCGUUGUUAUCUUCUAAAAUUCCUGAAGAAUGGAGACAAACGGCCAGGCUAAUGGGCUUAAAUCAAAAAAGAAGGAAAAUGGCGACGGCAAGGACAACUUAUGGUCAGCUAUAUUAGAAGAAGUGCAGAAUCAAGGCAACACAAAACUACCUUCAAAUAAAAAUGUUCUUGUAUUGGGUGAUAAUGAGACUGGUAAAACGACAUUAGUUGCAAAACUGCAAGGAGUAGAAGACCCUAAGAAAGGAUCAGCUCUCGAAUACGCUUACAUAGAUGUUAGAGAUGAAUAUCGAGAUGAUCACACACGCUUAAGUGUAUGGGUGCUUGAUGGUGACCCAGGACACACAAACCUACUGAAGUUCGCUCUCAGUGAGGACACAUUCCCCCACACGCUCGUGAUCUUCACAGUGGCGAUGACCACACCAUGGGGCGUGUUGGAUCAACUGCAGAGCUGGGCGGCGGUGCUCGGCGAUCAUAUAGACAAAUUGGAUCUCACACCUGAACAAAGGUUACAAAGUAAAAAGCAGCAAGUGCAGAAAUGGCAGAGAUACACGGAGCCGGGGGACGAGCUGGAGCCGACCGCCUCGUCUCCGAUGAAGAGGUCCUCGCGGAACCUGUCGGACGACCUCGAGAACGGCGACGACGACGACAGCCCCCUGCCGGAGGCCGUGCUCACCACCAACCUAGGACUGGACAUAGUCGUCGUUGUUACCAAGACUGACUACAUGAGCACACUGGAGAAGGAGCAAGACUACCGCGACGAGCACUUCGACUUCAUGCAGCAGUGGGUGCGCCGCUUCUGCCUGCAGUACGGCGCCGCGCUCUUCUACACCAGCGCCAAGGAGGACAAGAACUGCGACCUGCUGUACAAGUACCUCACGCACAGGAUAUACGCGCUGCCCUUCAGGACGCCCGCGCUCAUCGUCGAGAAGGACGCUGUGCUAAUUCCGGCAGGCUGGGACAGCAUGAAGAAAAUUAGCAUAUUGUAUGAAAACAUGCAGUCUUGUAAGCCAGACGACUACUACAGAGAUAUCAUUGUGCAACCUGCUACGAGGAAAAGCGGCGGCAGUCGCGAGGCGGAGGUGCAGGCGGAGGACGAGCAGGCGUUCCUGCAGCGACAGCUCGCCGCGCUGCAGGCCGGCGCGCCCGCGCCCCGCGCCGACUCGCCGCUCCGCACCGCGCAGCGCACCACGCAGCAGUUGGACGGUGCGAAAAUCGGCAUGGGCCCCGGCACGCCGGGCAACGAGGGCGUGCUGGCGAACUUCUUCAACUCGCUGCUGUACAAGAAAACGGGCUCGCCGGGCGCGCGGCCGGACGCGGGCGCGGGCGCCGCCGCCGCGCGCUCCGACGCCGCCGCCGAGCUCGACCGCCUCACACGCACCAAGCGCCCGCCGCCGCCCAUCGACCUCAACUCCUCCUCCGACUGCUAGCCGACACGGUGGUGUAGUAGAGCGGCUAGUGUGGGUCCCGCGCGGCACUGUGCCCUGGCUGCGGUGCAGGCGCAGACUGCGCCGGCUCGCGGCUGACGGGCGCGAGUCGACAUCUCCAAGCUCCACGCUGUCGUACACCGCUCGGUUGCUUGUAGAUUUAAUUAAUCUAUCGAAACGCCUUAACGGUGUGCGCUGUGCAAACAAACAUUAUUUUAGUUUGCUUUUAAAUUAAUCGAUACUUGUUGUCAACUAUCGAUAGUCUUUCGACCUUCUAAACUGCGACGGCAAAAGCGCGCGCUGUGCACACUUAAAAUCGGGAUCUCGAAGAGAUUGUCUCCCAGUGAGAAUAGAGUUAUUUAUCGAUGAUGUUUCGUGAUAUUUUAUCGAGCGAUUUCAUCGAUUUCCUUUUUUGACUCGCAUAUUGUAAGUGAAGUGACAGUAUUUAACACAAUAAUAGCUUGGCAGCUUAAGUAGAUAAUAACAACCGAGCGUUGUACGGCUCCGGCUCGAUGGUCCUCUGGUAACAGUCGAUAUGGCGAUGAGAACCUGUAUUGUUAUAUAUCGAGGAAGUUAGCUAUUAAUUGUAAAAUUAACAGGAAAGGGCUAAGUGGCAUUUUACACGUUGGCUAAAAAUGUAUGAGCACAUCUAAAAUAGCGUCAGCAAUGUCCUGAAUCGAUGAAGUGGUAAGCAAAAAAAAUAAAAUAAAAUUACAAUUUUAUAUGCAUCUUAUCCCUGCUAUGAAUUAGCUUCUUUGAUUAGCUGUUGUACAAUUUUCAGCCAAGAAAAAAAUGCUCGUAACACAUAGGAACAAUUUUCAUACAUUUCCAUAACAAGAUCGACACAAACGUGUUUGUAUACUUUCCUAUGAUUUUAUUUGUAACAAUCUUUUAUGAUAUUAUAAUAAGUAUUUAUUUAGAUAGUGCGUCGAAUUCGAAACGUGUAUUAUUUGUAUACAUUGUGAAAGUUAUUGUCAUCUGAGAUUAAAGGGUUUUCGUACCGUGUGAUCUUCUGUGAAGACUGGCAGUGCAAUGAUUGAACUGGAAUAGUGAUGUGCCGAGUUACUUAAUUCAUUCGAGUGAAUUAUCGACAUUGUUUACUCGAGGUUAGUCUAUUGUCAUCAAAACUAAAUUUGAAUUAUAUUAUACUUAACGCACGAAACUUGUAUGCUAUACCUCAAUUUACAAACCAAAUUUUAUAUUUGUCUUAUUCGAUAAAAGUCAUUAGCCAGAGAGCAAUACUUUUCCAAUCGAAUACGAUAAAAUUCAUUCAAACAUUCGAAUACGUGAACUAUUCGAGAUAAUCGAUAUGUCGCUAGAUUCGGCACAUCGCUACAGCAACGUUUAAUGCACAAUGAAGUCACUAUAAUGUACAAACAGACGUUCACGGCUGCGUGGUGAUGCGCGUCCUCCGUCACGACUGGACUGUAAUGGUGACCUUUAUUGUGUCGAGCGAAUUUAUUUAUUCGAAAAAUAUAUAUAUUACACGGAGAUUAUUCUUUUUUAUUCCCAACCCGUUCAUGUAGGUGUUUGUGUUUGUUAACAUCGGAUUAUGUUCUUGUGGUGCAAUACUGAACAUUCCAAACCUGGUUUGGUGCUUUAUUAUAGUAAAUUUAUUAAAUUAUA